AAUUCAACCAAUGGCGCUAUAUUUCAACCCUCUUCAUCACGGAAUCAAACGCUAUCGAUAAUUCCUCAAGAACUCGCAGAGAGACAAAAAGAGAUAAACACAGUUUAUUUCUUCGCAGAGUCCGAGUUCUCGUUCACCCUUAUAAUCCCAUCUAUUGUUUGCAACAAAGAUGACUAGAAGUUGCUUCAAACAAGAGCAUGAAUUUGAGAAGAGGCGUGCAGAGGCAGCAAGAAUUCGGGAGAAAUAUCCAGACAGAAUUCCGGUGAUUGUGGAGAAAGCUGAGAGAAGUGAUAUUCCCAACAUCGACAAGAAAAAAUACCUUGUUCCAGCUGAGCUGACAGUGGGGCAGUUUGUUUAUGUAAUUCGGAAGAGAAUUAAACUGAGCGCUGAAAAGGCAAUCUUCAUAUUUGUGGACAAUGUCCUCCCACCUACAGGAGCAAUAAUGUCUACUAUAUAUGAUGAGAAGAAGGAUGAAGAUGGCUUUCUUUAUGUUACUUACAGUGGAGAGAACACAUUUGGAUGCCAGAUUCUUCAGUAACUCAAGGUUACCAUAGUGUCCUCUUAUUUAUCAUGUGUGUUGUUAAUCAUCACCCCCAUUUUCUUAUGUUAAAUAAGUAACUCUUAAGUUGUACAGCUAUACACUGUGAAUAUAUAUAUUUCCUUCAAAAAUCUAUUUCGUUUCUGAUUAAUAAAUGGUUCGAUUUUCUUCAA